UUGUGUUUGUGCCGUCAACAGUGGAUGACAGCGGCCGCUGAGCUUCAAAGAAUAAAGCACACGCCGCCUGUUGGAAAAUAGGCUGCGUUUGUUAUAUUGUGUAGCCACAUAGCUAGUUAGUUAACAUCUCCUGUUAUUUCCUUUUAAAGUAUUUAUCUUUAAAGAGGGAUACCGGAAAAGUUUCCCCCGGGUAGCUGCCCUUAGCGGUCGCAGUCCGUUAGCUACAGCUAAACCGGAGACGGGAUGUAAAUUAAUCCAGACGGGACCAGCCCCAGGAGCCGGUAGCAGCAGUCAGUCACACCCUUGUCUGGGGGACACUGAGGGGAACACUGUCUGCCGAACAACAUGAGACUGCUAUGUUAUGCUCUUUUAUGCAAGUACACGUUAGCCCGGAGCUGCUGAACUGGAGAUCGGGAGCACCAGUGUGAGUUAACUGGGAAGUGUGGACUGGAUAUGACUGACUCAUCAUCAUGGCACGAACAGAGGAGAUAACCCUGAACCGUCUCUGUGCUGCAGUGCCAACCAGGCAGCCUCACAACUAGCUAGGACAGUUAUCUACACAUUCAGUCGUUUAUUAUUGUUACUAUUUGUAUUAUUAAGUGGCAUCAUGAAUGCCCUCAUGUACACCUUUGUCACCCGUGACGACAACAGCACUGUUUAUGCAGAAGUUUCCAAAAUCCUCCUCUCCACUGGAAAAUGGAAGAGGCUGAAAAGAGACAAUCCCAGAUUCAACUUAAUGCUUGGUGAGCGGAACAGACUGCCCUUUGGACGUCUAGGUCAUGAACCGGGGCUGGUGCAGCUGGUGAAUUACUACAGAGGAGCAGACAAGCUCUGCAGAAAGGCGUCCUUGGUCAAGCUAAUAAAGACCAGCCCGGAGCUGUCCGACUCCUGCAACUGGUUCCCAGAAUCCUACAUCAUCUAUCCCACUAACCUCAACACCCCCGUUGCUCCAGCUACAAAUGGCAUUAGCCAUCUAAAGAACAAUCCCAAGACAGAUGAGCGGGAAGUUUUCUUGGCCUCUUAUCACUCUAAAAAGGAAAGUGGGGAGGGUACGGUGUGGAUAGCCAAGUCCUCAGCUGGAGCUAAAGGUGCUGGUAUUUUGAUAUCCCAUGAUGCUAAUCAGCUGCUGGAGUACAUUGAUAAUCAGGGACAGGUUCAUGUCAUUCAGAAGUACCUGGAGAAACCUUUACUUCUGGAGCCGGGACAUCGGAAAUUUGACAUCAGGAGCUGGGUGCUAGUGGACCAUCAGUACAACAUCUACUUGUACCGGGAGGGUGUGCUGCGGACGUCCUCUGAGCCCUACAACAGCUCCGACCUCCAGGACAUGACGAGCCACCUGACCAACCACUGCAUCCAGAAGGAGCACUCGCAGAACUACGGACGAUACGAGGAGGGGAACGAGAUGUUCUUUGACGAGUUCAGGCUGUACCUGCUGAACACUCACAACGUCGCCCUGGAGACCGCCAUAUUACCUCAGAUCAAGCAGAUCAUCAAGAGCUGCCUGACGUGUAUUGAACCGGCAAUCAGCACCAAGCACCUGUCCUACCAGAGCUUCCAGCUCUUCGGAUUCGAUUUCAUGGUGGAUGAGAGCUUCAAAGUGUGGCUCAUUGAGAUCAAUGGAGCUCCAGCUUGUGCACAGAAACUGUAUCCAGAGCUAUGUCAAGGUAUCGUGGACGUGGCUAUUUCCAGUGUCUUCACCCUGAACAACAGCAGUGACUCCUCAUCCGCUUCCUCCUCUCCUUACUCCUCCUCCCCAUCCUCCACCUUCACCACCAACUCCUGCUCCUCUCCCAAACUGAGAGGCCCUCUCCACGUGGGGCCUUUCACCCGACUGUAAGCUCACGCAGUAACACCCCGCCUCCUCACCUCCUCCCCAAACUAGAAGCUUCCUCGUGCUCUGUCCUCACUCCUAAACUCACCACCGGAGAAGUAGCACAUGCCAGCAAGCCGAGCCUUCUGUCACACCUGGAGGGGCGGGGAGGUCGUCCUGAUCUCUUCUCUCCUGAUUAUGCAUAUUAUGAAUGUGAGGAUGCUGAUGAUCAACAGACUUUGUGGGAGUUUCUGACUGAGGACAGACGCCCUUCCAUCUCUGUUCCACCACCACUGCCGCCGCCGCCGCCACCGCCACCAGUUUCUCCCCCAAGCAGAUUAAUGGAGGUCUGACGGAUACAGAUGAAGUGAGACUGUAGUGCCUUACAUUUCCAACCACGCUACCCUUAAAAAGACUGCCAGUUAGCUUGCUCUGUUACCGUGACUUGUACUUGUUCUAUAAGCCUUUGCACUGUUGCUAAAUAAACUCAACGCGGUCAUGAUCCGUCCACAAGAGUUAGCAUAAAACAGAUUCCUCGAGAUCGGAGAUCUAAGUGAAUUUUCUCAUCAGACACUUUUUGCAUUUUUUUAAAAUCACUUUUUUAAAGCUUAGCUGCAGUGUCUGUAUCCAGAAUGAGGGAUGCUAACAAGAAGCUACGGGGAUUGAUGUGAUUUGAAGUGCUAUGUGUAUAUUUCUGCUAUCGCUACGUAGCUAACAUUAGCAUCAACAGGUGUUUACUCACCUGUCUAGAGGAGAUGAUGCAAGCUCUGUAUCAAACUUCCUUGCUUUACUCACCAAGAGCUGCCUCCAUCUGUGGAAAGAAAUGCUAGUGUUAGCGUUUGUUUUGCGUCUAUUUCUGUCACCUCUUCUACUGAAAUUAGCAUGCUAACCAGCUAGCCCUGGCCCAUCCCGUUUCAUCCGCUUGUUAAGUUGUGACGUCACAACCGACAAAAAUACUUUUUCGGGUCCACCUUCACUGAGACUCUCUUGUUUUCAAGAUGCUGCAGUGCUGUGUCCAGUGUUGUUCGAACAGAUCUGAGACCAAAAAAAUAUUCAGUGUCAUUGUACUGCUUUCCUUGUUACGAGAAAGAAAAGAAGAAAAUGGCUGCAGUUGAUAAGUUACAUUUUUUUAAACAAAUGAAGAAAAACAAAGUUUGAUGCCACUGGGUGCUAACGUUAGCUGGCUAAUCUUGCUAACAUAAGCAGUGGUUACCUCUGAUAUUGGCCAUGGGUUUUACAGGGUGUUUCUUGCUAUGAGCCCACAUCUUUGUGUUUUGGUCGUCAGUCCUUUUCUGUGCUGCCCAGCUAGCUACCUUAGCUAGCUAUCUUCACUCAGCUUCAAAAUAGUUGAUUAUAGCUAACUAUUUUUGCUAUUUUUGGGGAGCACGGAAAAAAAACUGACAACUGAAACACAAAGAUGUGGGCUCAUAGCAAGAAACACCCUGUGAAGCCAAUUGCUAAUAUCAGGGUUACCUGCUUUUACCAGUGGAUGCUAACCAUUGCUCACAUUAGCGAGGUUAGCUGGCUAACGUUAGCACCCGCUGACAUCAAACUUUGUUUUUCCCAUUAACUGCAGCCAUUCCUCUUCUCUUUCUUGUCACAGGAAAGCAGGAGAAUGACAAUGGCUAGUUUUUGGACUCAGAUCUGUUCAGACAGCACGAGACACAGCACCGCGGCAUGUUGAAAACUGGAGAGCCUCUGCAAAGUUUGACACGGGAACAGUAUUUUUUUGGCAGAUAAUACCACUCUGCGACAGUGAGUUACUGUAGCGUCCAGUCUAAGAUGAGAGGAUGUAUGCUAAACUUGGUGAGCAAACAGCUAUUACUGCUAACGUUGGCCAUGUAGCGAUAGCAAAAAUUUACAUACAGCACCUUUAAACUUGAGACUCCCUUAUAUUCUAUUAUAUUAGCUUAUAUACUAACUGAACAACAACAACAACAUUCCUCUAACUUGAUCAUGUAGACGCUACAUAUUAUUUACACUGAGGGCAGCAGGGAGACGUCGUUUAGCCCAAAAACCCAGGUUUACAUCUGAGUCCCUGACCUCUGACCUCUCUAUGGCAGAGAAGAAAAAAAGAAAACUACCCCCUUAAUGGGAUCAGUGAUGUUAUUCUGUUCUCCCUCAAAGUUUUAUUUUAUCAUUUGAGGAGAGAGCAUGUUUGUGUGAUGGCAUGUAAGUAGUGCGCAUCCUCAUUAAUGGCACCUUUUUGCCCCCAGUUUGUGAGGAGCUGCCCUCAUGUCCCCGCGUUCUGUUUCUGAUUUACAAAACGAUAGACCGUAACUGUAAAGUGUAAACUGUCGACAAGUGUGUGGAUUAUGUUUCUGAGCUGUUGAACGUAGAGUAGAUUGUACAGAGUGUGUUAUUGAUUAUGUAAGACCCCAUGAAAUAAAACUUGACACAGUAAAUGUUUGUUUAUAAGAGAAGCAGAUGGAGACCAGAAACAGACAACUUUACUUUAUGGUUUUUCACUCUGGUCUUGUGAACACACACUGUGUCAAAUGACCAAAGAAAAGUGACAGUAUACAGACGUUUAGUCGUUGUCUGACUCCCUUUCUACACUAAUUUUGUUUGAGUUUGAUUUAAUGUAUUUUUUGUUUCAUGGGGUCAUUAAAAGUUCUUUACCUUUAUUUUAACGAAAUCUCUUUGUGAAUAUCUGAGGUGUAACUGUCCACGAUGGCCUGUGUCCGAUCUAUUUUAUGUUUCUGUUUGGUAGAAAAGAGUUCAAAUUUUGUGACCGCUGCAUGCUGGGUAGUUGAGUUUUGAAACUGUGUUUCCAGGGGCUCAUUUUAAAGAAGUCAUUGGUCUUUCAUGUUGUUUGAAUCCCUACUGUUCUCUUCUUCUAACCUCAGCUUUGCUUCCUGCGCUUUGAGUUAACAGAAGUUAAGGGACAUUUAAGUUUUUUAAUCACUGUGUAUUUGUGUUUACAAGAUGACUCUGAAGAAUGAAGGAUAUGUAAGUGGCUGAAGGAAGAUUGGAUAGUUACAGGGCAGGUUAAAGAAACCUCAGUAACCACGACAGGUGGUUGUUAAGUUGGUGUCCUCAGAUAGAAGGAGACGAGUUAAACAGCUCUUGUUAAAUACAGCUACAGUUCAACUCUUUGAGUGUUUCUGCAGAAAGUUUGAAGUUAAUAACUCGCCCUGUUCACCUGAUCUGGCCCCUCAGACUACUACAGAUGAAGAAGGAGCUCAGCAGCUGCCAUUUUGACAGUUGAUGCCACUGCGACCAUUUUCUCAGAUGGAGCUGACUUUCAGUUUUCAACGACCCGAAACAGAAAAACCACAAAAGUUAUUAACUUCAAAUUUUCUGCAGAAUCACUCAGAGAGCUGAACUGUACCUGGAUUUAACAACAAGCUGUUUAACUCAUCUUCUUCUACCUGAGGACACCAACUUAUCAACCAACAAUUGAUCCAUUACUGAGCCCUGCUGAAGCUGAAUUAAUAUCAGUUUUGGAAAGAUUUUAAUGUAAGUAGGUUAUGAUUGUGUUGGUAAAAGGGUUACAAGUGAAAUUUCAAAAGCAAAUUAUCAGUAUUUUUUAAAUUUGUUGGGAAAUGUGUUUCCAUCAAAGGGACGGGUGCCUUAGAGGGAAUUGCAUAUUGACUUAAAAAAAAAAAAAAAGAAGCAGCAGCAAUGGACCUCCAGCAUUUAAACGCACCUUCAUUUGUUUGUUUGUACUGAAGCGAUUUUUGCUUUGUUCGUUUUGAAUUCAAUGAUGUCAUUUCCUCUUACUCGGAGUUUCUUUGCACAUCUGACUCAGUUUAUCAUGUUUUUUUUUCUCGUUUUGUAUAUUUUUUCCUCUCAUCUUUACCAAAGAUCAAACUCCUGCUGUUUUUUCAGUGUCAGAUAAUGUUUUGUAGUUAAAUAUAAUCUGGACAUUCUCACAUCAACCGGCCGACGAGGAUCUAAACGCGAAUAUCAUAUUCAGAGGGAUGUCUGUGCUGUGCAUUUGUUUAGGUGACGUUUUAUUCAAGAUCUUGCAUGAACAUUUGUCUUUAUCAGAAACAAUAUUGCUAGAAUAAAAAAUACUACAAUUAUCAA